AUGCUUCGCAACGCUGUGAUUAGAAGAGGUAUCCAUACAGUCCCAAAGAUACCCCAGGCGGUCCAAUUGAGUCGACAAGGUAUACCAAAUGUACUAAGUGCAGGAGGUUUUAAGGUUUUGUGGGACCAACAGCAGAAGUACCUUUGUGAUAAGCUCACGCUUGCCACCGCCGGAACCAGUUUGGAGUCAUAUCUUCCUUUCCAUCUCAUACUGAAUACAGCAAAGAAAGCAUCUCAAAGCCAUAUCUUCAAUCUCGCAUCGGCCGCACAUAAUAACCACUUAUUCGUGGAAAAUAUCACCCCUACGAUAAACUCUGCAUCCAAUCAGCCCUCACGUCUGUUCUUGGCAUGUGUUGAGGAUUCUUUUGGGUGCGACUGGGAAACCUUGAAGAAAGAGAUGAUAAACAGAGCAGAACAGGAUGUUCUGGGGCAAGGAUGGCUCUUCCUGGUGGAGAAUGGCGACAAGGAACUGCACAUUCUCACAAUACAGAACAAUGGUACGCCGUACUAUUUCCCAAGAAACCAGCUCUUCGAUGUGAACAGCGCCCUAACGUUGGAAGAGUUCGCCCAACUCGAGGAGAUUCGCAAAUUAGUUAAGGAAAACGGCGGAAAAAAGGCGCAGGACUGGACGAUGCCGCUAAUAUGUGUUAGUCUUUGGGACCAAGCCUAUCUACAUGAUUACGGCAUUCAGAAUCGAUCCAAAUUCGUCGAGAAUGUUCUCAAUAACCUGAACUGGGGUGUCGUGAAUAGUAGACUUUAUUCCGACUCGUUGUAG